AUGGUCUACCGCGCCGCCAUCCGUUACUUUGCUCCGCACACCGCGCGUUCGUCCACCACCCUCCGCGCCGCCUCAACCGCUGCCGCCGCCGCCCCUGCACCGCCCGUCACCGAGCCAGAGGUGCUCCCAUCGAUGGAUGAGAUGCGGGCGAGGGCGCGCCGCGCAUACAAGGAUCUUCACCGCCUCGGCCGUGAUUACCCCGACCCCGACUACAACUUCAACAUGCGCCUCCGCCGCGCGUUCGAGAAAAAUGCCAAGAUCACGGACCCGGCCAAGCUCAAGCAGCAGCUCGACCUCGCUGAGCACAUCAAGAAGGAGGUCCUCGCGAUGUACUCGAUCCGCAAGUAUCGCCACCUCCGCCGAGCGUACCACCCUAACGAGGCGCCGCGCGAGUUCCACGAGGACUUUGCCCUGCCCGAGGACAAGCGCGUGUAA